AUGCGUUCCCUUCUGGUCGUGGCCGGCCUAGCUGGCUGCAGUUCUUUUGUGCCAACCGACGCAAGACAUCGGUUUCUGAGUGAAACACUGGAAGAACCUGAAGAUGUGAUGCUGAAGACGGCAGAUCUUCAUACAAACCUGCUACGGGAACCCCCCAUGACGAUCAAGCUAGACAACAGAUACAAAUUUACUGGUCUUGGAGAGCUUGUUUCACAGCUGAUCGACCAUCACACUACAAUGGGGAGCGUUGGCUCCUCUGGAACGAUGGCACGACAAAAGCUGCUCAAUUACCACAACAGUCAGUAUUUUGGCGAGAUAAAGAUCGGAACCCCAGGCAGAAGAUUCGUUGUUGUGUUUGAUACGGGUUCCUCAAACCUUUGGGUCCCUGCAGCGGAAUGCGAGAAAGGAGGAUGCGCCCCCCAUGAGAAAUUCGAUCCAAAGUACUCCAGCACAUUUUCCCCCAUACGGUCGCUAACGGGAGACCCAGCAGUAGCAUUUAUUCAAUACGGAACGGGCGCAUGCGUUCUUAGAAUGGGCCGCGAUAUCGUGGAAAUCGGCGGAAUUAAAGUUCCCAACCAGGCAAUCGGUCUGGCUGUCGAAGAAUCGACUCAUCCAUUCGCUGAUUUGCCCUUUGACGGGCUGGUGGGUUUGGGCUUCCCCGAUGUGUCUGGUGAAGAAGGACUUCCUUCCAGCGCACUCCCCAUUGUUGACCAAAUGGUCAAGGAGAAAGUUUUGGACCGCAAUGUGUUUUCCGUCUACAUGAGCGAAGACAUCAACCGGGAGAUCGGCCUCCACGGAAUGAAGAUAAAUGGGAAAUCCUUCGGCGUAUGCGAAAAACGUGGAUGCCGCGCGGCAGUCGAUACUGGUUCCAGUUUGAUAACGGGGCCGUCAUCUGUUAUCAAUCCCUUGAUCAAAGCUCUCAAUGUUGCUGAAAACUGUUCCAAUCUUGGAACCCUACCAACUCUCACAUUUGUCCUUAAAGACAUAUACGGAAGACUUGUUAACUUCAGCCUCGCACCCAGGGACUAUGUAGUGGAGGAACUUGAUGCCAGAGGAAACCCUAACAACUGUGCAGCUGGAUUCAUGGCUAUGGACGUGCCAGCGCCUCGUGGCCCUCUGUUCGUGCUCGGAAACUCCUUUAUCAGGAAAUACUACAGCAUUUUCGACCGCGAUCACAUGGUAAGCGACACUUAG